AAUUUUUUUUGUCUGUCUCUCGAAACGCAGUCGUUGCAAGUCCUUAACCCCUUAAACCCUCCUCACACAAAAAAAGCUUCAAAUUCAAUUCCAUGGUUUCUCUUCCAUAGAUUUUCAAUCCAAAACCAACAAUGAAAGCCUUCGAAAUCCUAAGAAAAACCACUCUUCUCCGCCACAAACCCAACCACACCACAAUUUUCCGCGCUUUCUUCUCCGCCGAACCACUCACUCCAGAACCCGAUUCACAACCUUCAAACUCAGACUCAACCUUCGACAGUUCCCACUACGAAAUCCCCAUUUCCAACGAUCCCCCUAAACCCACAUGGAAUGAGGGUGUCAGAAACCGAGUCGAGGGCAUUUUCGGAGAUGAGGUGAGCUCGGAGGCGAAACGGAAAUUUAAGGAUGAAGAGUAUGAGAGGAAAAGAAAGGCUCUUGCUAAGGCUUUGUUGGAGGCUGCGUUGAAUAAAGAGGAAGAAGAUGAUAAUGAUGAUGAAGAAACUGAUGGGGGUGUUGUGAAGGAGGAAGAUCAGAAAUCUUUGUCUGUUGGGAUUAUUGGUGCUCCUAAUGCUGGCAAAUCUGCUCUCACUAAUUAUAUGGUUGGAACAAAGGUGGCGGCUGUUUCACGGAAGACGAACACCACAACUCAUGAAGUUGUUGGAGUGUUGACAAAAGGAGACACCCAAAUUUGUUUUUUCGAUACCCCAGGGCUCACGUUAAAUUAUGCUGGAUUCCCUUAUAGGGAUGUCAAGGCCCGUGUUGAAAGUGCUUGGAGUUCAGUCAAUCUUUAUGAAGUGCUCAUAGUCAUUUUUGAUGUUCAUAGACAUAUUACCAGGCCUGAUUCAAGAGUUACAAGACUAAUUCAGCGUAUGGGAGAACGAUCCAUUCCAACUCAAAAGCGAGUUUUGUGUAUUAAUAAGAUUGAUUUAGUAGAGAAAAAGAAAGAUUUAUUGAAGGUUGCUGAAGAAUUCAAAGAUCUUCCUGGAUUUGAAAGGCAUUUCAUGAUAUCUGGAAUGAAGGGGGCUGGAGUAAAAGAUUUAACUCAGUACUUGAUGGAGCAGGCAGUACAGCGACCCUGGGAAGAAGAUCCAUUUACCAUGACUGAGGAAGUUAUGAAAAUGAUAUCAUUAGAAGUUGUGCGUGAAAGGUUGUUGGACCAUGUACAUCAGGAAAUUCCAUAUGACAUUGAACAUAGGUUGGUUGACUGGAAAGAGUUGCGAGAUGGUUCUAUUAGGAUUGAGCAACACUUUGUUACUAACAAACUAGGCCAACGCAAGAUUCUCAUAGGGAAGAAUGGCUCAAAAAUUGGGAGAAUAGGAAUAGAAGCUAAUGAAGAGCUAAGGACCAUUUUUAAAAAGCAAGUGCAUCUAAUUCUUCAGGUUAAAGUUAAAUAAUGACGCGCUCAAAUAUAUUUGGCGUUCAGAAUAUACCUUCUUUGCCACACCAUGUUAUGCAGCAUAUAAAAUGCCAAAGGUGUGUGGACUAUACUGACCUUGGAAGUCCUUGAAGCUUCACAAAAUCCAGCAUGAGAUCAGGGUGAUCAUAGAGAAAAUCAUUGCUAUAGAGAAACAUAAUGUGUUCUUUGGUGAUUUCACGCAGGCAAACUGUUAUGCCUUUUACUGUUUGAUUGCCAAAGUUUAAGGACUUGAAUUCAUUAAGUUUAUGGUAGUGUAUGAAAACUGAGGAAAUUUCUGUAUUUUUUGUUUAUUCAAAUUUAUUUUGAUUAUAGAUAUGUUUUGAUACAAAACAAAACUAGGGCAUUUGGUUGUAUGCCUAUUAUUACUUUGGAUACUCCCAAUAUAUGCCCCUUUCCCCGGGCUCCACACUUGAUAAGAGUUUUGUUAUUGUA